AUGCGAAGCCUCAUCAUCGUCGCUUUCUUCGUUGUCGCAUUGGCCGUGCAUUCCUCGGCACAGGUAUACGGAUUCGGCCCAUGCCCGGACGUCCAUCCGGUGGACGAUUUCGACGCCGAUCGCUAUGCCGGGCAAUGGUAUGAAAUCGCCAGGUUUUAUGACUCCGUCGAGAAAGGGUUAAAAUGUGUAGCGAUGGACUAUACUGUUAUGGACGGCUAUCUGCUCAGCAACUCCACUGGAAUGGAUACAGAAGACAGGGUAUAUUCACAUGUGGUCAAAAUCUACAAUGUGUCGACAUGGAAUAUUGGUAUAUUCUAUUAUGACAGCGAUAGUCCAUCGACAUACUGGUUGACCUUCGUUGACUACCACAGGUACAGCAUCAACUACUUCUGUGAAGAAUUCUUAGGACGACGGAUCAACGUUCAAUACGUUUGGAUCUUUGCCCGUGAUCGUGUGAUGUCGAAGAGAGAUUACGAUGACGCCCUUCUGCGUCUCAAUUCCAUGGGCAUCGACACGACAAAGUUGAAGAAAUCGGAGCAGCGAAACUGUCCCGACGACCAAUUGUUAUCGCGGGAUGUUUAUCAUAAUAUUAUAUUGAUUAAACUACUUGAGGCCUAUCUUUAA